CCCGCCACCGACGUGCGCAACAAUCUGUCGACGGGCGACCUGGUGGGCGCGGGUUCGGUGCCGGACAACGGCAGCAAGGUGGCCCUCGAGUACACCAACCACGUCUCCAUCCAGUACAACCUCACGGCCGACCCUCCGCGCUCGGCGCACAAGGACGUGGUGGUGGAGAACGGGACCCACGUCGACUUCACGUCCUCCUACAUCCACUCGGAGGUCUUUCCAGACGACGCGACCACGCAGGCGACCGCGAACCACGUGCCGCGCCCCGAGGCUAACGCCACCAAAGCGUUGCCGACGACCCAAGCCAUCACGGCCAACGGCACCGACGACCAGACGGCGGGGAGCGCCAGAGUGGUGGAGAGAGUCAACGAAGCUUUAAAUAUUAACUCAGCCGAGGACGCGGAGAAUGCCGUACUGCGCAACUCUUCAUCUCCCCGGCAAAGUAGCGAUAAGAUCAAUAACAGAGUAACACCUGGUGACAUUCACAGUACAACAACCAGUGGCGCGGCUUCAAGAUCUCACGAAACAAUCGAAGCCGCGCCUACUACUAUUUAUAAUGAAGUAAUCUCGACCACUGUUCCCUCGAAGACGAACAGGGCGCGAUAUUCGACGAAGAGGCUCAAGAUGAGCGGGUUCACCACGACGCCGGCGGCGGCGGCGGUGGCGCGGCGCGAGGACGACGCGGGC